CGGCUUCAAAAUUCAUCCAAAUCUCGCUUUCACUCCAUUUCGGAGCCUGGCACGACUCACCAGUGGCCAUCCAGCAUGGGAUCUGACGAGAAUCCUCUGCCUCGUGUGUUGGUCUUCGCGUCGGGCACCAAGGACGGCGGCGGUUCUGGCUUCGAGAAGCUGGUGGAGAACGCACGGGCGGGGAAGCUGCGGGCCGAGAUCGUCGGCGUCGUUUCCAACCACAGCGACGGAGGUGUCAAACAGGUCGGUCAUCAGAUGCGCAUCACACGACAAUGGACUAAGAAAAACAUGCUGAUGUGUUAUCUGUGUGUGUCAUCUGUGUUGAUGCAGCGAGCAGAUCGGCUUGGCGUCCCCUUCAAGCACUUCCCGCUGCCCAGGAACGGCGAGACCUACGCCGCCCUGCUGCGGGAGUUCAGGGCAGAAUGGGUCGCUCUCUCUGGUACGUUUUUCGUACGUCUGUACACAACCGCAGCUGCCUUACGCGUGCGAGGUGUUUGUUUGGCUGGCUGGCUGGCUCUGUGUGUGUGUGUGUAUGUGUGCAGGUUGGCUGAAGCUGGUGUGUGUGCGCAACGACGAGAAGGGCACACCAGGAGUCGACCCGGCACGGACGAUCAACAUACACCCCGGGCUGCUGCCCAGGUAGGUGGGCGGGGAUAUGGGCGGGUGAAGGGUGGCUGGACGGCAUCGGACACACGAACUGAACAAAACACCACAGAACGUCUGUGCGGUGUGUGUAAUGUAAUGGUGUGUGUCAGGUUUGGCGGCGCCGGAAUGUACGGCCAUCACGUCCACCAGGCCGUCUACGAGGCGUACCAAAAGGCAGAGGUGUGUGAGUGACUGAACCAGCGAAGAAAACGUGUUCUCAUUCUGUGCCCUGCACUCAUCUCCACCACCACAGGUGACAGAGGCGGGCUGCACGAUGCACUUUGUGACGGAAAAGUACGACGACGGCCCGACCAUUUUUCGCACGACCGUCCCCCUCACCCCCGACGACACGCCAGACACCAUCGCCGCCAAAGUCAAUGCGGUCAGUCAGUGACCACACACAUGCACACACACACACGCACACCCAACCGACCACUCUCCCGGCCGUGUGUGUGCGCGUGUGUGCAGCUGGAGCACGAGUACCAGAGCUAUGUGACUGACCUGGUGGUCAACGGCGAGAUCUCGUGGGACGGCAAAUCGCGAGACUCUCUCCGGGUGCCGCCGGGGUACAAGUUCCUCUGAACGGCUGAAGGGGCAGUUUUCGUGUGAUGUUUUUCCGUGCGUCGUGUGUUUUUUCUCUCGCCUUUAGUGAAGGCGCGCCGUAGGUGUCGACUCGAUCGACGCAUGCCAUCCCGUCCAUGCCUUGAAUCGAAUGUGUGCGUGUGUUAUUGAUCCCGUUGCAGUUUGGUGGGGGUUUUCGUCUCUCUUUUUUCGACGAUUUCCUGUGCCAUCAGCAGCGCGUGUCGUCGAACGAUGCGUGCUGCAGGCGGUGGGGGAUGCCGUCAAGAGAGAGGGGGAAGGAAGGAACACACAUCGAUGCUUCGUGCAGUGCAAUGGGGGCGUAGCCAGCGAGGACGGUUGACUCGUUGACGGUAUAUCACAGUCUUGCGGCAUGCACUGCUCGGCAUGGA